UAAAAAUGCAAUAUCUUGAGUUCCUACCUAGCUGGUAUUGUUUCGGUGUAACAGCUGGUAAAUUUUGAAUUAAAUGACUUCAAUUUACUAAUUUAUAACGUACUGUUGUAUGAGAAAUAGGACAGUGUACAGAGAGUGAGCUAGUUGGAUGAGUCAGAGUAAAUUCGAGGAAUAGCUUGAGGAAUGAAAGAAUUAAAGUAGGCCACUUAAACAUGACGUUUUUAUAUCGUUUAUAAAUUUAGUAUCAAGCUAGACCAUAAAUACAUUACUGAGACAGUUACCCAGUGUACAAAUUACUAAAUACGUCGUUUUGAUUGAACCUGCCAAUAUUUCAUACAACAAAUACUUACAAAUGUUGAAGUGUUCAUUUUCUAAAAGUGUCACAGUAGAUGGAUUAUUCAAGGAAUAUUGGCUUAAGCAGUUUCAAAUUCAACAUGUUGCAAAGAAUACGGUCUAUGAAUGGAACAGCAAAACAAAUAUGGUAUGCACUCAUAACAUUACUGAUUUACGUUUCGAUGGGAGUCAAUCGUAACUAUGUGGCAUUUCUAAGUCAUCAAUUGGAUCAAUCGGACUCCAAAAUACGUCUGAGUAAUAAUGAGAAAACAUGGAUAGGUUCCAGUGGUACAAUGCUGGCGCCUUUUGGAUGUUUAGCAUCAGGAUUUUUAAUGGAUGUGAUUGGAAGAAGAUCCUGUCUCUUAAUCAUGUUUAUUCCACUAGUAAUUUCAUGGGCUAUGAUAAGCAUGGCUUCGUCUUACGAAAUGAUUUUUGUAGCCAUGAUAAUCAGUAGUGGAGCUUUAGGAAUAGGUGGAUCGAUUAUCCCAUACAUUUCAGAAAUAUCAACAACGAAGUACAGAGGUGUGCUGCUCUCUUUGGUCGAUGUAACUUUAAAUUUUGGUGUAAUAAUAUGCAGUUUUUUAAUGUAUUUCCUAAAAUGGAACAUCGUCGCUAUAAUUUUCACUGUAAUGUGCUCAAUUAGUCUAUUAAUAACAUUUAUUCUACCCGAAUCUCCAGUUUGGUUAUACUCAAAAGGUAAAAAAGAUCAAGCUAUAAAGGUACUCGUUGCUUUAAGGUCUAAAAGCCGAGACGAGUUGGAAGACGAGAUCAAAGAUAUGGAACUUGCUCUAGAAGCAAUCGAUACGAAAAGAGGAGGAAUGGUGAAGAAGUGUUUUCUAGCCUGGAGGCAAUUUUUAAUCGCCAAUUUACUUUUUUUCUUGAUCACUCUAGCCGGGCCUUCGAUUUUCUUAUCUUAUACUGUUCUCAUCAUCGAUGAAUUAAAAACCCCUUACAAUGGAUCGGCGUUAGCGGUGAUUUACUCCUUAGCUGGAUUUUGUGGUAGUUUUCUGACGCCAUUUUUCAUGCAUAAUCUUAAACGAAAAGUGGCUUUGAUUGUUUCUGCAGGUGGAAUGACCAUUAGUAUGAUGGGGGUUUCUUUGUAUGAUUUUUUUUUCUUGGAAAGCGAAUACAAGCCGUGUGUUUGGAUUGUACCUGUUUUGUUGUGUCUUUAUAAUCUUCUAGAUAACAUGGCAGUUUUCCCUUUAUCAUUUGUUAUUGGAGGAGAAAUUUUUCCUUUGGAGGUCAGAGGUACGUUGCAAGGACUUUUUGGUUUUGUAGGUUGGAUUGCUUGGGCCGUGAGUUUGAAGUAUUAUCCCAAUGUUAUGUUUAGUUUUGGUGUUACUUAGAACGAUGUUGUGGUGUUUUACGGUGGCUUGUGCGUUGCUAGUCGUGUUUGGAAUUUUUAUUUUACCAGAAACGUAUGGUAAGACUUUGAACGAAGUGCAAGAAGAGUAUUUUAGUAAAAAGAAAAUCGAAGAAUGAUUGCAGGAUUUAGAGCCGAAUUUAUAUGAACGUUUCUAAUUUUCGCGUAAGUUAUUAAGUAAUACUCAUUGCUCAAGAUAGGUAUAAUAGAAAUUUGAAAAAAAAAUGAAUUAGGUACACAACGUAUUUUUUUUCGCAAUAAUUUCUUGCUUCCUACAUCAGUAUUACCAGUAUUUUACCUAACCAAGAGAAAAAGGCUGUGUAGUUUUGCAAAAUUUUCUAUUUUUGAUGCUUUAAGGCAUUGUUGUUAGUAUAGGUAGGUACUUCGAAUGAAUUACAAAUGUGAAUAAAUAAUCAUGUGUAACAAUAAAUAUUUAUACCAUCUGACGAGAGGUACCAAGCUAUACAAUAUUUUUGUAUUAUGAAUUUUCACCGCAAUCAUCCAGUAGGUACCUAGGUAAAAAUGAUUUAUUGGGAAUGAAAACUUGAUAAAUUACGAUUUGAAACGAUGGAUACCUAGCAGAUAACUCUGGCAGGUAGAUACCUACAUAAAUCAUGAGCUUCAACAAUUAGAAAAAAAUUGAUCAAUUUUUAGGUAAAAAAAAUGAAUUUAAUCACAAAAAUGAUCAAUGUUCGAAUUAUAUUACAAAACCAAUUAAGCAUAAAGUAAAUUAUAUAUUUUCUAAAAAAUGUUAUGUACCUAGACCUACCUGUUAAGAAAAUUAUGGGUAAAAUAUUUUUCUGUGAAACGACUGACGAGAGAUGACUUUUGAGAUUUUUCAAACUAAAGAUGCUGAAAUUUUGCAAGAAAUUCAAACACUUCAAAAAAAGUACUUUUUGAACAUUUUUCAAGAGUUUUAAGUCGAAAAUUGUGCCAUGAUUUUUGAAAAAAAAGUCAUGCAACAUAUCUGUGGGUAAUUCUCAAAAAAAAGGUCAAUUUUGAUGUGCAUAAUUUUGAAAAAUAAAAAUCAUUUUUUUGGAAAAUUUCAAGUGGGAAUCAUUUGUAUAGGUGUCCCAGAUCCCUGUUCUAGUGUUGGCCUCAAUUCAAUUCCCUCCCACUGUGGACCCCGGCCCCCCCCAAAACAGCGAUAAUUAGGAUUCGACCCUCAUCGAUGUGUAAUAUGUCGAUUGAUAUGUUUUCGAGGUCGUAGAAUUCGAAUCUGGAGUUAUUUUUUAUGUAGAGGUGGAGGGUGAGGCGUGGGGAGGGGGAAAAUGUCAAAUUUUGCUUAUAUUAUCGUGUAAUAUGUCGAUUCAUGUUUUUCAGGCCGCAAAGUUCGAAUCUGGACUUAUUUUUUUGGUAGGGGUAGAGAUGCGGUGUGGGGAGGGAGAAAAUGUCAAAUUUUGCUUGUAUUAUCGUAUAAUAUGUCGACUAGCGCGAUAAAAGUACAGCUGUGUACCGGUAGGGGAUGCGCCCGCAGCUUCCACCUAGAGGGAAGUUGUGUUCCUGUCGGAGUGGCAGCACUGCUUACGAGUAGUGCACUCUAUCGAAGUAGUUCGAGAUGCGCCACUCCGAGCUUCGAGCUUUGAAAGCUCGCUAGGUAUAUUUUCACUGGUGCUAGCGUAAGGUAGCAAGUUCAGAGCUUCCGCUUGUAGUCGAUACUACAAGUGUAUUUUAUUCAAUAAUGUGUAGUGUGUUUUAUUAUAAGUCUUCGCGUGUGUUAUACCAGAGAAGUGAAUAAAACAUUACGAACAUUUA